CAAGCUCAAGGCAGAAUCAGGUUCCUGUAAUAGGGAAGAAUUCAGCUGGCAAGAGGUUGGGCUUUCCAGACUUGCACUGUUGCAGCUACAGGCAUGAGUCCCUUCUUUGUGAUGUCUCUCCUCUUUGGUCUGACUUUUGGUCAAACAGCAUCACUCUGUGCUCCUUCUGAGUAUAUAAUCCAUGUGGAGAAAAGGGAAUGUGCCUACUGCUUGGCCAUCAACACCACCAUCUGCGCUGGAUUUUGCAUGACUCGGGACAGCAAUGGCAAGAAGCUGCUACUCAAAAGUGCUCUGUCUCAGAACGUGUGCACGUAUAAAGAGAUGUUGUAUCAAACAGCACUGAUUCCGGGCUGUCCUCAUCACACCAUCCCUUAUUAUUCCUACCCUGUAGCUGUGAGCUGCAAGUGUGGUAAAUGUAACACUGAUUAUAGUGACUGUGUUCAUGAGAAGGUUAGGACAAACUAUUGCACUAAACCACAGAAGCUCUGUAAUAUGUAAGCUUCCAACAGAAUGUGGUUGAAAUGUACCUCUCUGCUCACAACUAAACAAAAAUAAAAGUGUAUUUCAUAACAGGUUUGCAAA